AUGAAGGAUGACCGUGGCGAUGAAGCAACUUCGGCUGAGCUGGGGCUUAGAGAGCUUUGUGUCGACUGGACAACUGGAGGGAUUGACGAACGAGAUGAUGAUCCGGUAGUUGCUCCUCCAAAACUAGGAGACUCUCGCGUAGACUGCGCAACUGAAGAAAUUAGCGAUCGAGAUGACGAGCGAGUCGUGGUUGAGUUAGAGAUGGGAGAUUCUCGCGUGAGCUGCCUGGUCGAGGAGGUUGAAAAGUGCGAUGACGAGGCAGCCACGGUAGAGCUGAAGCUGGGAAUGCCUUCCGACGGCGAAUCAGAAACACUGCUGUUAGACCAGCUUGUUCGAGAAGAAGACAAUUGCAGUGAUGGGCCAAUUGUAGUCCGGCUGGCUAUGGUUGUGACAACGGGAGAAGCGCUGGUUGUUGUGCUGCUGCUGCUGCUGCGAGUAGAGCCUGCAGAUGGGGUUCCAGCCGCAGUCGGAGGCAACUUCGAAGUUCCAGAGUCGCCUGGAGUGCUGCCUGAGAAGACACCUGUGCUACCCAUCACACGGGUAGACGAACUCGGGCCAGAGGAGAGCUGGGAGCCCGAGGUAGACAGAGUGGAGGAUGCCGCCAUGCUCGGCAGCGCUUGCCGUCCCGGGCAUUCAGACACUGGAUGA